CUAGUAUAUAGAGAUGACCACGGCUUUAGGAGUUUAGGUGUUGACUUAUUCAACAGUGAUAGAGAUAAAUAAACACCUCUUUCCUUUUCAAAUUAUGUAGAUCUUACAUAACCUUAAGAGGUCAAAACCAUCCCCGAAUCUUGCAAAUGAAUAAACACUCACACAGACUCAUGGACACGACAACAGCUUCAAGGACUAAUAUUUCAGUAUCUCCUAUCUCUCGGUUUAAGAUAGCUCUAUGUCAAUUAAGGGUGACUAAUGACAAGGCAAACAACUUGAAUCGCGCUCGAAACAUGCUUGAAGAAGCUGCUAAUAAGGGUGCCAAGCUUGUUGUUUUACCUGAAAUGUGGCUGUGCCCUUAUUCACACGAAUACUUCGAAAAAUGUGGUGAGGAACUUAAUACAGAGGAAUCAUCAGCAACUUAUCACAUGUUGUCGGAAAUUUCUAGUAUUCAUCAGAUUACCAUAGUUGGAGGGUCAAUUCCAGAGAGGAGAAAUGGUCAGAUGUAUAACACUUGCUGUGUGUUUGGACCUGAUGGUAAACUCAAAGCUAAGCAUAGCAAAUUGCAUUUGUUUGACUACUACGAAGCAUCUGGAGAUGUUUCGUUUAGGGAGUCAGACUCCUUCACUGCCGGAGACACACCUACAAUCGUACACACUGAUGUAGGCUGCAUUGGCAUUGGUAUCUGUCAUGACAUACGCUUCCCAGAGCUUGGCAUGCUAUACAGAGCAAAAGGGGCUGACCUGAUUAUAUAUCCUGCUGCAUUCAAUAUGAGCACCGGAAUGGCACUCUGGGAACUGGAAACAAAAGCAAGGGCCAUUGAUAACCAGAUGUUUGUUGCUGUUUGUUCACCAAGCCGGGAUUCUGCUGGAUCUUAUACGAUUUGGGGUCAUUCCAUGCUAGUUGGUCCUAGUGGUGAAGUCAAAGCUAAGGCAGAACAUGGAGAGGAGAUUGUGUUUGCUGAGAUUAACUAUGCUGAAAAUCAGCUUCAGAGAGAACUCUUCCCUCUUCGGAGACAACGGAAGGAAGGGAUUUACAAAUUUCUCGAUACAGAACAGUCGAAGGCAAAUUUCAGUCCCUAAGUAUGUCUAAACUAAGCUUACAAUGUAAUACUCUAGUUGUUUAUAAAUAUCAAAUGUACGGAUUAGGAUUAGGAUUAGGAUUAGCAAGAGGGUUCAAUUGUAUAUUGAGUUUUUGACCCAGUAAUAACCCUUUAAUAUUUUGGACUCGACCAUGACCCGACCUUGAUCCUUGUGAUCCUGACCCAGCCCUCUCAUAAUUUCUUCUGAUCCACUCCGCUAAUGACCCGCAUUAAUGGAUGACAAUUUAGUUCGAAUCUAAUCAGAAUCCAACUCGAUCCGACAAAAAAAUCCGAUCUAAAUUUGAAAACGUAAAAAUGCAAUCUAGACCUUGUAGGAGGUGGAGUUUAUGUAAAAUUACAUUAUUAUUUUUGUGAUUUUAAAUUUCUAAGUGCUAAAAUAAUCCAAACCCGACUAAAAACGACCCUCCGAGGCAAAAUAUUCGAAAUCAGAUAAAUAUAAUCCAAGUCCGAAGACCGGUUCAUAUAAUCCGACCUAUUGUCAUUCUUAUCCGAGACCGACUCGUCCGAUCAAGGUUAUUAAAAUCGUGAUUCUACUUUGAAUCGGAAUGGACUAUUAGAAUCGAAUCGUAGAAUAUUAAGAUUCUACGAACAAGUUUAAUCAAUAUUUUAUUCUCACAUAUUAUCAUUUAAAGUGCUUAUAUUAUAGGUGAAAAGAAAAAGUGUAUAAUCGUAAAUACUAAAUACGAUUUGGAUCGCGAAUUUAAUAGGGGAUUUUUAUUGGGGAUUUUUAAUUGACGCCAACGUUGGUUAAAAACGCCCUAAUUUAUUGUGUAAAAUUACAUAUUUACCCUUUUAAAGAAAUCCACCCCCACCCCCUCCACCCCUCAUCAAAGUUCCGACAACUAUACCAACCACCAAAAAAAUUCAGCCGGAAGAAAAUGUGUCUGACUACGUAGAAGUAUUGGAUUUGCUCUGUUUUGCGGCCUCCGUCACUGCUUGAGUAUUCCUCUCUGUGUAUCUCCCUCCAAUAAUUCCGUCCACCCACGCAUUUUCUACCGCAUAUUCGGACCACCCACGCAUAUUCUGCUGCAUAUUCCGACCACCCACGAGGCUCGCGAGUAGGAGGAAGAAGGGUAGACCACCGGGGAAGGUCCGCGCACAGCGUUUGCAGGGAAGUCAAGGUUGUCGCGCACAGCGUUUGCAGGGAAGUCAAGGUUGUCGCGCACAGGCUGUGCGCCGGCGAUACGGCAGUGGCGCAGAUCUUAUGCGAGACCUCCGUGUCACCGGCGCACAACCUGUGCGCGGCUUCCUUGUCAUUCCCGCAAAGGCUGUGCGCGGGAUAGAGCAGAGCAACGAUUUGAUUUUAUUUUUAUAAUUUUUUUUUUAUUCCAAACAAUUAUUGUCAAAUGUCAAUACUCAUUCCAAACGAUUCAAUUGUGAUAUGACUGCAAAACAAUAUGGGUAUUAGCAAUUGCAGAACAACUUGCCGUCGUUGCCGAUGGUAGACUUUGAAUUUCUGCUCACUACUAAGUCAUGAGAAUUAUUGCUCAAUUAUUUUUUAUUUUAUGUUAUUAUUAUUAUUGUUUAAUUUUAUAUAUGCUAUUAUUAUCAUUGUUUAA